AUGAAGCAAUGGACGAUUGUUGAAAUGAACGAAGUGUUGAUGAUCCGUUCUUCAGAUAUGGGUGAUGAAAACAAUGUUAAUCCGAUUACGUCUAUAAUUAUUGUUGCUGAUAAAAAUCGAUGUCCUCGUGGAUUCAGUCCGAUUACAAAAACGUUCGACGAACAAAAUGAUGCUGACUUAUGGAGGGAAAGUUCAUUCAAUUUUUUUAGUCGACCUGUACGAUAUUUGGCAAUCACUAGAGAUACUCCUCAAAACACAAUUAGUACACAUGUAGUGACAGAUUUAUGUGUCGUAAAGGACUCCGACCCAAUUCCCAUGGGUUUUAUCGCCAUCGAUUAUACGGCAGAUUCAAAGGAAAAAGCUUUACGCAAAAAAUAUCUCUGUGUGCGCACGGUAGCUCGAGAUGCUGUUGUUGACGCCGUUGGAGAAAUAGUUUUGUUAAGUAAGAUGAGGAAGCCACCCAAGAAUUAUUCAUCUGCUGGUGAAAUAGAUGGCAUUUUGGUAUGCUUCAAACAUAUCGUAAUUCCAUCAUCAUUUGGUGUCGCAAUACCUCGUAGCAGAUCCACAACUUCUGUAUUAUACCCACCCAUUGAGACCAAUGAAUCCCGACAUUCCACUCCUGCGCUGGACAGAACAAAAAUGACUAGUAUUACAACAAAAAAUGCUUUAACUAUAAAAGCGGGUGUGAAACGAGGUGUGGAAGAUGUUCCUUUCAGAUUGAAUCCUCAGGUGGAAAGCAUUUUAGCUAAAAAUAAGUUGGAAAUGUUACCGGAAUUAAAGAAAUGUGAUUCUGAACAAUUGGAUCGUGAUUACUGUUAUUACUUUACUCUAGAACGAGCAAUGCUUUCUAAUUCCUGA